GACGGUUACCUUGUGCGCCGCGCGCUUGUCAUUAUGUCUCGAGCCGCCGAGCGGUACGCAUAAACACCCGUGCAGAGCACAUGUGUCGGUGUGUUAUUUCUCGUUGCCGUCGAUUGAUUAAAAUAUUACGUUUGUACUUGAACUAUCUAAUUAGAUUCUCGUCGGUGUCGCGUUAAUUAACAUACAUUUCUCCAAUCGAAUCGUACCUGCGCGAGUGUCAGUGCUAGUGCGAGUGCAAUGGAGCAACCAGGAUGCUGGCCCGAUAAGCCAGGAUGGACGAUGCAGGACAUGGGACGUCGGGACGCGGACAACAAUACAUCAUAUAUUUCAAGAUUACUGCAACAGACAUUGCCCUCCAUUAAGGCCGAGGGCGCGGGUGGGUCGACAAGUACACGAAGGGCAAAACCUGAUGUCUGCUCAAAUGAGAAUACUCCGAACGGAAUAUACGAGAUGGAGGGGCAGGGGAGGAACAGGAGGAUGAGAAGGAGAACGAGGAGCUGGGGGAAGGGAGAUCGUAGAGGAAGAUUACACUCGGCGAAGAGUACAUCGAGGAGGAAUGACACUUCAGAGUCGCCGAUUUCAUUUCCGCAAACGUCACGCAGACACAUCGUUCCCUGCCGAUCAGGAACGUGAACAUUAUUGCAAAUGUCGGAGAGGAGACUCGGGUGUGGCUGAUCUUUUUGGCGCAAAACUGAUUGUCCAAAGCUUAGGUGUGGUCGAUCAAUCCGUCGGACGUCUCUCCAUCAAGUGAGAGCGAUAGAAAGAGAUAGAGAGAUAGAGAUAGAGAGAUAGAGAUAGAGAGAUAGAGAUAGAGAGAUAGAGAUAGAGAUAGAG